AAUUCAUUUUAACCUUGUAAUCGGUGGUUUUAUCCUUACUGCCAUCAGAACUGAAACUCCACAGUGCAUUUUAAUUAUACACAUUUUGGUCUUAAUUCACUCCACAUUGCACUUGAACCACGUUGCUGUUCCUGGUUUCUAGGCACUCGCUCUGCAGACACAGUUACGAGCAGCAGAUGACUACACUUUAUGAGAAAUCAUGCCACAAGGAGGGAAAAAUGUGGCUUCCCAGCCAGAAGAAAAAAAUCCAGUUCUUCAGUUAAACGAUAUAAGAAAAGAUUGUGUUUAUGAUGUGAUGGAUGGUGAUGAUACACCCGAGAGGAGAUUUAUUUGUAAAUUAACUAUUGAUGGGAAAACCUUUGAAGGAGCAGGACCCAAUAAAAAAUUGGCUAAAGCUGCAUCAGCGAGGAAGGCGUUAAUGCAUCCUGCUGUCAAUGUCAAUGCCAGUUUGUACAAGUCUCAACAACAGAAGAAGAAUCAGAAUAAGAAAAAACAAACAUCUGUUGGACAAAACAAAAAGACUCAACAAAAUUCAAGUAAAGAUUCCAGAAAUCAAAAAGGAUACACCAUGAUGAAUUCACCUAUGGCAAGUAGUAAUGCCAUGAUGAAUCCUAAGGGAAAUAGCAGUGAUUUAUAUAUAAGUGGAAGAAAAGUGUGUCCAUAUUACUUGAAUAAUUUAUGUGUGAAAGGAAAACUGUGCCCUUUCUACCAUCCGGCUUAUUCUUCAAGACUUGAGAAUGCUCUGCCAUCGAAUCUUCAGAGUUAUCCCCAUCGAACAGAAGCACCACUACCACCAAGUUCACAGCAGGUUCCUUCUGGAGAUACCUUUGUAUGGUUGCAGUUUUGUCAGAAUUACUUACAUUUAAGAUGUCCACGUUCAGAUUGCAAGUUUUUGCAUGUCUCAAGAGAUGAUGAAGAUGUGUACCGAGCAACUGGUAGAAUUCCUCCUCAUAUUGUAGAACAGGCUGUACGUAAAGCAAUGCUUGAUGACAUCGCUCCUGCUGGUAUUACUCAACCUUGUAAGGCGUACUUAGAAGGUCAGUGCAAUUGGUAUUCCUGUCCUUUUCGACACAUCUCUCGCCAGGAUUUUUCUUGUGAAGUUGUAGAUCUUCUACGUAAGGAGUUUGAAGUGAGAAUGAGACCUACAGGUGGUUACCGUUUAAUGGCUAAUAGACUCUUAGAUCGAGACCCAUUCAUGCAUGAUUCUCACAAGCCAUUUGACAGACUGGAUUACCACUUUAAUAAAGAUAAUGUACGAAGUUCUCUAUCCAGAGGGGACGAUUAUUUAGUGUCUGGAAUGAAAAAUCUUGCGCUAGACCAUAAUUUAAGUGAAAAACAGAGAGAACUAGAGGAUCUUCGAAGUCAACUGAAUAUGCUUCAUGAGGAAAAUGAAAGAUUACGUAUGCAUAUGAGAUCAGAAGAUGAAAAGAUGAUGGAUCUGAAGAGACACGAUCUGUUACAUGAGGAGCGUAGAAUGCAAGAGAAGCUUGAGAAACUUAGGAUUGAAAAUGAAUCAUUAAGAGGACUUAGAGGGAGUUCAUAUACUGUUCCUUCUCAGCCUUUGAUGAGCAGUGCUACAUACGGAGUGGACUACUAUCCAGAUAUGAGACAUGAAAUGAAAAGGCAAAAUCCUGAAUCAUACAGUUUUGAUGAGCUUCUAAAUACAGGUUUGAUGAGGAGUGCAGAUCAGAGAUUUGAGCAUCAAAUGUUAGGUCUGCCUUUAACCACAGCCAAGAAACCUCAGAAUUUAGGUAAAAAGACAGGUAUGGGCAAACAAAAUGAUAUCAUUCCUAAAUUGCCUGUCAAGAAAUCAGGACAAAUUAUACAAACAGCUGCAAGACCAUCCUAUCAGAUCAAGGUUUUUGGAGGGAAAAAAGUAUACUUACCAGUGAACCAGAAAAAAACAAAAGCACAGCCAAACCAGGUUAAAGUGAAUAAGCCAAAUAAACAAACAGAAGAAAAUAAGCCUUUGAAUCCAGCAGGUCCAAAACCUCCCAAUAACAAAAAUGAAACGAAGAAAAAAAAAGCUGAAAAAAAGCAAGCAGAUAUAAAUGAUAAAAAUGGAGAUCCCCCGAGUAAUAAUUCAGAAAGGUUAAUGAGUGAAGAUAGUCAAGAUGUAGUAGUUGAAGAUACAACAGAAGUGUUGGCCACUUCUCAAGAAAGUGCUGGAGAGUCGCAAGCUUGUGAUGAAGCAAAAGGAAGUGAUAAAGGUGCAGAAAGCAGUUUAGAAUGUACGGGAGAAAAUGGUGAAGGUAAGUGUGGUGGUGAUGAUAACUGUGAGGAAACCAAAAAUAAAAGGCAAGUUAUUCCGGAAAAAGUUGAAGGAAAACAACCAGAGUCUGAUCGUUGGGUUGAUGCAGCAGAAGAUGGUUACUAAGAAAUGCUUUUAUGCUUAGCACAUUCUGUACUGAGUCUGAAGAGAGUAUGGCCUCCUAUGGGGAAAAUACUAAAAAUUUUAGAAGCAUCUCAGGACCUUGAAGGUAAAUGAUCUGGGUUUCUUUUUACCCUCUGGAAAAGGGAAUAUAAUUGUGAUUUUGUGUGUAAGAGAUUUAUAUAUUUUUACAUUAAAGGUAGUUAGAUGCAUAUUGUUAUGAAUUACCAUCUCAAGAGUGUCAUCAAUAAUUUUUUUGUAGAAAUUUAUUAUACCAAAGAAAAUUAAACUUAAAAAUAAUGGCAUUAUGAGUUUCUGUUGAUGUCAUUCUGAAUAUUUUCCCGAAGUUUUGGUCAUGUAUUACAAGUUUAGAUUUUGAUUUAACAAGCAGCAUAUCUGUGCAUUGAAUUUGGAACUUGUUCAUCUAAGUAUAUUUUUCUACUGGAAUGAGUUCAUAACAGGAAUACAAAUAUAUAUUAUGAAUGAUUAUUAAAAGACCAUAGUUGGUGAUUAAAGGCAUUAACUAUCUCAGAGCUAAUUAAACCCCUUUGGUGGAGAAAUGUGUUGGAUUGGUUCUUGAUUUCUAUAACAGAAGAACUUCAUUUGGCCCACUGAAAUAUUUAAUUUAAUAUAUAAUUGUGGUGUAUGAAAUUUUAAUUGUUUGAAACAUUUAAUCCUUAAAUAAUGUGGAAAAUGUACAAGUACUAAGUUGCAAGUGACCAAGGGCUGUUGUAGUCCCGAAGGGUUUUGCAAUUCGUAUAGAGUAAGUAAGUGGCCAAGAGUUUACUAAGGACAGCCUUGUUUUCACAUAUUUUACCACCAAAAUGGUUACACACUUGUAUAAUUAGCAUAUUCGAUAUUUGAAUAAGGCUUUUAUUUAUACUACUGCUUUUGUUUUCUUUGAAGUAAAAAUUUCAUAUAGAAUUUUGAAGGAAUGAUUCAUUUGGUUUAGCAGUUGUAUAUUUAAAAGUAUAAAAAGUUUUAUCUGUGUAUCAUCAAAUUUUUGAAAGCAACUCAUAUAGGUUUUUUGUGUUGCAAUCAUAUAUUUGAUGUAAUGCUCAGAUAUUGGAUGUGCUACUGAAGAGAAAUAUAUUAUUUAUAUUAUCUUUUCUCAUCUGUUACACAUGUUUUUUCUUUUAGUCUGUGAGUGGGCAUGGUUUACUCUUAUGUAAGUAUCCUUUUUCUUUUUGAUUGAGAAACUUGCUGGAAGUACCAUAUUCAGGUUACUUUCAUGUAAGGAUGUCAUUUCUAAAUAUGCUAGAGAAGAGACAAUGUUAUAGUAAGAGGCUUCUGCAUAUGAAAACCUUGGAUAUGAGUUAUUGUCAUAUAAGUUGAAAGAUGUCUAAGAUUUUAAUGUCAGUUGGUUUCCUUUGUAGCUUGCUUAUGAUGUACUCCUUAUAGUUGUCACUAACAAUAAAUAGAUACGUUGUAUUAUAUGUUACAGGGAUUUUGUCACACUAAAUGUGCCAGUUUUGCAGCAAUGUUGCAGAAUUUUCAGCAAAAACAUAUUUUAAGUCAGGUUAUACUUUCCCAAUUUUGAUUUAGUUUGUAUUUUUAAACCUGCAUUAUUUUCUAUGAUAAAGUAUUUUUACCAGACCCCCAUUAUAGUUUGCUUAAAUAGUCAGUUGAUAGAUAUGUAAGGAGUUUGUGUCUAUAGUAUAACAUUGCCGCUGGAACCUCAAUUUCCAAGAAUAUUAACUUUGUGUGUGUAGCAUUUCUUGCUAUGCAUUUUAAACACGAUUUUCCUGAAAGAAUUGUGGUAUUACUGUACUGUGCAUUGAACAGUAAAAGAUCUUUUAUGUAAGAACUACUGUUCAUUGACAAUUAUAAUUAGUACACUAAAGUGCAAUCUGUGAUACAGUUGCAUUGCAUGUUCCAGUAUAUUGGUCUUUGUCUGAGCAAAAUGUGUCACCCUAUGCUCUCGCCAUUUUGCUUUGAUAUAAUCAUGAGUUGAGCUAUGUAUGUUUCCUCAUGAUAAGGAUGAUAUUUUUAUAGUGUUUCGAGAAGGAUUUUUAAUGUGAUGCCUUUUAUGUGUUGAAUACUUCUGCCUAGAAUUUUUGGCUGUUAACAAGUUUUCGUGAGGAUCAGGUCAUUCAAGUCCUGUUACGAUUUAAAAGCAGCCAUCGUCAAAUGGAGUAAUUUGCUCUAACUUUUUAAAUCAUGUUCAGGGCAGUUUGUGCCUGUGGUAUUUGAUGCUACAGUAUCUAACAGGCAUUUAAGGGGAGCCUAAAAUGCCCUGUGUGUGAAGUUCAAUAUGUUACUUCAAAUACGUGUAGAUUUAUAUUAGGAGUGGUUAAAAGUAUAACUACAUGUAUUUUACAGAUACACUAGGAUAAAGAAUUCCUAGCCAUACCAGACACAUUCUGCAGUUAAGUAGGUCUUGGAUCUUGUUGACUUGAGAAUGCUUGUCUGCUCUUUAACUUCAACUUGGAAGUAAAUACAAUCGCUGCUUUAUUGUGCUAAGAGAUAGAAAUACUGUUUUACCAGAGAACAGACUUGGAAAAAGUUGAGAACACCCACUCUUCUUAUCUUAGGAAAUACCUUGAAUAGUUUUUUCCUCCUCCAUUAUGGUGUUAUUCUUGGGUGGGUUAUGGAUGGGAAAUCAGUCUUAAUUAUUAAUUUGCAAUGUUAAUGGCAUUAGAAUUCUUUUAAGUACCACUAUUUUUAGUCUCACGGUUCCUGUAUUUGGCCAAUACAUAUUGUCUGCCAAUUUUGGCUUUUUGUUAGUAGCCUGUCUCUACUGCAAUUUCAGCAUUAUAUUGGUUCCUGGCAUAAUGUUUGCUAGCAUUAUUUGUAAAUGAUUUGAGCUUGUAAACUUAUGGAGUUAUAUACUCAAGCCUCUCUAACUUUAAUCUGGCAAAUUCAAGAAAUUUCUUGAAGUACAUUAAUGAGAGCAAUUAUUCAUGCAUUAAUGCUGUCAUAUUAUGUACAAUUAUGCAAGUCUUUUAAUGCAGUCUGUAGUAAGGUUUUCACUUAGUUUUGAAAGAGUAAAGAAUAUUAGGUAUUGGUUAAUUUUUUCUCAGUUUUUUAUUUCAAGGAAUGUAUUUUAGGAUUGUAUUCAGAUAAGUUUGGACACAUUUUUGAAUUGUCCAGGCUUAUUGGAUUUUAGAUUGAGAGAGAAAGUUAGAAUUUUAUCUUGGUCAAUUUUAAUGGCAUGAAGAAAAGUUGAGCAUAACCACAUUAGCAUAAAAGAUUUUGGCAUUGCAUGAAGAUUUCAUUGAAAAGAAACAAUGCCCAAGUUAUUUGAAAUUGUAUUUCAAAUGAAGUAGUGUUACUCCUAGUUGAUAUCUGCCAUAUGGUUUUUAUGUAAGAUGCAGAUUUGGUUAUGAUGAGUCUCAUAACACAAUCUGUAUUACCUUUUCGUUAAGAAGGUUUGAAAAGACUACGUUAGGAAAACUGACUUGAUCAUAAUUAUAUGAAAGUGCAGGGGUAAAUAAAGUUGCUUCUUAGAGGAGUGUACUAUGUGCUAUAUCCACUGUUUGAAAUGUGUGCGAGCACUAUACUAUACUGUUAAGAUUGCCUUAGAAUUGGUUACAUAUCUCAGUGGAUAACUAUAGCUCUGAGAAUUAUGAACCAUUGCUAUUGCAAGCCUUCAUUCAUCCAUUAAAGGAUAAUAUGAAAUGGUGACCAUUAUCCUUGCUAGAUAGGUUCAGGGUCAUCCCUGUUUAUUACAGUUAGCUAGUUAAUGAAAGAAAUUGAAGAGUUUCAAUUUUCUCCAUUAAAUUGUAAUGGAUGAAUGAGCAUGAUACUGUAGGUAUUGGUUUUAAAAUUUAAUCUCUAUUAUUCUUUGUGGUUAUAUAGCAACAUGCAAGAUGGGAAAUUUUGUUCGUCAAUAAACACUGCAUUUAA